GACUGAGUCUAACGACGUCGCAUGGUGUACGAGGAAAAAUAUACGGGAACUACGUGGAGCAGUAGGAAACAACGUGAAUGUUACGGGAAAAGCGUCUUGAUGUCUGUGUAGUAACGUACAAGUGACUUGUGGUGCGUAAAGUUCUUCGCGCUCCAAGUCAUGUAUUCGUUGGACGAUGUCUUGCAGAGCUACCGUGGACGAGACGGUAUUUUUCGUGCUGUGGGGUAUGCUUGUUUAUUAGCUGGCGGAUUGACGAGUGGAAACGCGUCGAAGAAGUUCUACACAGUGAGCUCCGAAAUCAGUCAGUGCAGGGUCGUCAUGCGCUUUUUGGACGACUGGCCCAUGUUGAAGUACAGCAUGGAAUACGGAGUCGGAAAGAGUGAACAAGACGACGUUCUUCGAGCGGUAGGCAUCCUAAAAAAUGCAGCUGACCAGCUGUUUUAUCCUACGGAACACAUUGCUUGGCUGGCGAAGAAAAAGAUAAUAGAUGUGUCCAGUAACAUCUGGGAAACCUCUGGAACAAUUCUGUGGACUAUUUCACUGUACUGCAGUAUAGCAAGGUCUCUGAGACUGAUCAAUAUGUUGCAGAAGAAAAAGGAAAAAUACUUCUUGCAAACAGUUAAUCCUACUGGCGAUGACUACAGCCUGUUGGUCCGAGAACAGACUCAAAAUUUGUUGUGCUUUCUACGUUGCCUACUCGAUCUCAUCAAUGCAAUCAGCUGGCUUCCUUCAGGAUUUCUAUGGUCAGGAAAGCUGAAGGCUUGGCACAAUGGGCUUCUGGGUUUAGUGUCUUCAUUUCUGUCCUUUGCACAAGAGACUAUUCGGUAACAGCAAAUAGCCCGAAGAUAAAUGCAUUUCAGAAAUAAAGAAUAUUUAUACAGA